AUGGCUUUGGUGCAAUACUCUGAUACAGAGUCAGAUACAGAAGAAAGUGAGGAGAAAUCGCCCAGACCAUCAAAGAAACCCCGUCACAACAACACUUCCGUCGAUGAUCGAGUAUCAUCUCUACCCCCACUACCGACUGCAUUUCGUGAUCUGUAUGCCUCGAGCACUCGCGUGAGUGUACGAGACGACCCUAGUCUUCAUGGAGGCCGUAAGCGUGUCAUUCCCCAUGUCGAAGGGAACUGGCCCACCCAUAUAUACCUAGAGUGGUAUCCUUCGAAAGCAGAACUCGCUGUCUUGGAUGGUAUAUUAGCAGAGGUCGAAGUCAAGUUGGGAGGACGGGCGGGGGAGAUACAUAGCUUAUUAAGAAGCGACCUGGGUGUCCAACUCCCGCUUCAUAUCAGUCUCUCCAGACCAGUGGUUCUUCGCACUGAACAGAGACAGCCUUUCAUGGAUAUGUUCCAAACGGCUCUUCAAGAGUCUACAGUCCCAGCAUUCUCUGUCAACCCUUACAGGCUCGACUGGGUCUCUAAUUACGAAAGGACGCGGUGGUUCCUCGUCCUACGGGUGACAAAGCCCGCAAAUGAUAACUUGAGCCGUCUCCUCGGCCUGUCAAAUCGCUCUUUAGCUCACUUUGGCCAACCACCGCUGUAUGCGGGUAGAUCGGCUGGCCCAGAUCACAGGCAUGGACAAGAUGAAAGUGUCAAACCAGAUACACAGCCCGAAGACUUUUCUCACUGUUUCCACGUCUCCCUCGCCUGGAGCUUAACAGAACCAACGCCGCAGCAGAAGAAGAAAAUUGAGGCUAUAGAUCUUCGCCGCUUACGAAGUCUGAUCAUUCACUUUGACUGUGUGAAGGCCAAAAUUGGCAACAAUAUCUCGAGCAUACCCCUUUCGACUGUAUGA